AUUGCGCAAUGUAUAUUUGACGACAACGCACGGUUGCUGUUGAGAUGGCAACGAGAGAGAGAGAGAGAGAGAGAGAGAGAGAGAUGCUCCGCCUACAUAUAAAAGUUUCAACUUUUGUGUAACAUUCUUAACUCCUCUGGAAUGAGUAAAAUGACAACAGAUCUUGAUGCUACUUGCGUCCCCGCUGAGGCUGGAGAUGGAAAUCGUAAGGCUUCUCCUGGUAUCCCUCUGUAUAGAAAACUGUGCUAUGCCAUCGGAGGCAUGCCAUACCAGAUGACAGGCAAUGCGAAAGGCUUCUUCAUGCAGAUAUUCUUACUGGAUGUUGUGCAGAUGAACCCGUUCAACGUGUCCUUCAUCCUGUUCCUGGGCCGCGCCUGGGACGCCGUCACCGACCCGCUGGUGGGCUACGCCGUCAGCAAGAGCGGACGCACGCGCAUCGGCAAGCUCGUCCCCUGGAUCGUGUUCACGACACCCUUUGGGGUUCUGGCCUACGUCAUGCUGUGGUUUACCCCUCACAACACCAUGAGUCCAUCCACAAGCUUCUGCUGGUAUUUCUUCUGGUGUUGUCUGUUUGACACCUUCAUGAGUUGCUAUCACGUCCCCUACUCUUCCCUGAACAUGUUCCUCGGUGGAGACCAGAGAGAUAGAGAUUCUGCCACUGGAUACCGGAUGGGUAUGGAGGUGUUUGCCACGCUGGCAGGUGCAGCCAUCCAGGGGCAGAUAGUGGGGGUGUACCACGCCAAGAGAGCGCAGGACUGCAGCCUGCUGAACCACAGCGAUGCUCUGGGCCUCAACAGCUCGUCUCCAGGCGACAGCAGCGCGGCCUCUCGCCUCACAGACACCCUGCAGAACACCCGGAGAGCCUAUGUUGUUGCCGCGGUGAUCUUGGCUGCACUGUAUUUCGUGUGCUGUGUGGUGCUGUUCCUGGGAGUCAAAGAGCAGUUGGCUCCGCUGAGUAAGCUGGACCGUAUGCAGGUGCCGUACCUGACGGGGAUGCGCAUGGUGUGGAGACACACCCCCUACGUCUGGCUCGUCUUCGGAUUCCUCUUCUCCUCGCUGGCUUUCCAGCUGUCUCAGGGUAACCUGGCUCUGUUCUGCACCCAUGCGGCUGGAAUGGGGAAGUACUUCCAACACCUCGUCCUCAUCCUCCUGACCUCGGCCACCUUGUCCAUCCCGCUGUGGCAGAUGGUGCUGGUGAGAGUGGGCAAGAAGACGACCAUAUUCAUCGGCCUGUCCUUCUACAUGCCGGCCUUGGCCGUGAUCGCCAGCGUGAAGAGUCAGCUGGUGGUGUUCAUUCUGAUGUCCAUGCUGGCUGGCUCUAGUCUUGCUGCACUCUACCUGUUACCAUGGUCGAUGUUGCCAGAUGUGGUGGACGACUUCAAGCUGAAGAACCCAGCCUGCUCAGACCUGGAGCCCAUGUUCUACUCGUUCUUCGUCUUCUUCAACAAGUUUGGAGGCGGCAUGGCGGCAGGAGUCUCCACACUAGCUCUUCAUUUUGCAGGCUACAAGCCGGGGGCGUGCCAACACAACGAGGUGGUGAUCACGACGCUGCGAGUGCUCUCUGCCCCCAUGCCCAUCGCUCUGAUCGUGGUGGGCAUGGCCCUUUUCUACUUCUACCCCAUCAACGAGAAACGGCGGCAGGAGAUACAGUGUGCCCUCAAGCAGGCUGCCAAUGGGGCCCCGGUGACAGAAGACUUCCCCCUCUGAAGACAAAUGAGCUCCAUGGAGACCACGUGGGCAUUUCAUCAUGUUUUUUACACUGUAACAGCAAUGAAUAGUGACAGCUGGUGUUAGCCCAGUGUUGGUCUAACAUUUUCACGAUAUGGCUCUCUUUAGAUGAUGGUAAAAAUGUAAUAUCUGAGAAUUUAUUAUUGUGGCCUAGUGUAUUUACUAAAUGUACGAUAUGAUUUUAUAUGCAUAGGAAGUUACUUUAUGUUGUAAGUCGCUUUGGUUAAAAGGUGUCAGCCAAAUGUAAUGUGAAGUAAUGUAAUAAUGUAACAAGUGCACAGCAGGGAGAAGGAGCAUUGAAAUGUUUAAGAAUGUGAGAUUUAAAUAUAUAAAUAUAUAUAUUAUUUUAA